AUGCAAAAUCAUUCCGAGGCAAUGCAACUUCAGUUUCCAAUAGAUUCGUCGAACAAGAUUUACCAGGCAGAUAUGAUAGAGGUACCAGGAAACCCCACCCCUUCUCCAGAUGCGACACGCCAGCUCUUUGACGAGAAUCUACAAGACCUGAAUAUUCUUUGGGGCGGCAUGGAUGGGAACCUUUCUCUUGAAGAAUAUUACCCUCUGGGUGCUGAAUUUCCGAAUGACCUGAUCUCGAUUACUGGAUUCGAUAUUUACGAGCCAGCAAGUUCUGCCUUGACUGGACCAUCAAGUGGUGGCGAUUCUGGUGAUAAAUUGCCCAAUGGCCCUGAUUAUGAUGAUGAUGAAUCCCUAUGCAAUUACCAACUUCCAUCAUUAAACCAAAACGACGAGAUCAAUUCCCAGGACGCAGAGGACCUUUCAGAGCGCCCUGACACUCCCAUGGGACAGACAGAGACCCAUACGCAGUCUCCCUGGCGCAUCGGAAAAGAGGAGUAUCAAUCUAUUAUUUUGCUAAUUGAUGAUGUUCGGCAUAUUCUCGAGGCAGACUUCAUCUUCCCCUCCAAGUAUGUUUUAUGCCGAUACAUCGAAGGCUUCUUUACUGGGAGUCAUGCGCAUUUGCCCUUCCUUCACCUUCCGACAGUAUCAAUUGCUAGCUUGAAUCCUUCAUUAAUUCUAGCGAUUAUUGCAAUGGGAGCGCAGUAUCGAUUUGAGAGUCAACGUGCUGCUUGCUUCUUUAGAGCAUCGAAAUCUCUCAUUGAUAACUAUAUCUCCGUCCACGCACUAUUUUCGUGUCCCAAGCCAGGGGCUAACAUUGAUGUGGCCUGCUCCCAGAAAAUUAAACUGGAGAUCCUACAGUCGCAGAUCAUUCUCUCGACCUUAGGUAUCUGGGGACAUCAUGACCUGUUAAAUGAUUCCAUAUCAAUGACCGCACAAAUGGCGCAAGCGUUUCGAGAUGGCGGACUGCUCAAUGACAAUCAUUCUGAGAGCGAAACAUGGAACACGUGGAUUCAAAAAGAGGGACGACGACGUACUACGUUCACUGCUUACAUGCUCUCGAAUAACCAAUCAAUUCUGUACAACUUGCCACCAAAGAUGCUGAAUAGCGAAUUGACCUCGCUUUGUCUCCCCUGUCCCGAAGAACUUUGGAAAGCCUCCAGUGCCACUGAAUGGAAGACCUUACGUUCAAAGCAGCCCCCCUGUGCUCCCUUCGGUACAGCGUAUGCUCGAUUAUUCCGAUCGAAGCAGACCCAUCGACGAAGCCCCAGUCUAUCAUCAUUUGGAAACCUCAUCUUAAUCCACGGCAUCUUCCAACACAUCUUCCUCGCCUGGGAACUGACCUCUUCGGCAACCCCAACAACCGAAUCACCAACCCUACCAGUCGAAACGCUCUCAAAUUUCCACACCGCACUUAGACGCUGGCAACGCAGCUGGGAAGCCACCUCAGACCCCUCAUCAAUAACCCCGUCAUCCCCAAAGGGACCCCUAGGCUUCAACGCAACAGCCAUUUUCCGCAUAGCCUGCAUUCGCCUUCACCUAAACCUGGGUCAACACCGCAAACUAGAAACAUGGAACGCUGAAACAAUCGCAAAUUCAUUCCUCAAUGCCCCAAAGCCCCCGCAAUCGACUCAAGUUUACCACGCAGUCCUCCAAUCCAUUCAUGCACUUUCCAUACCAGUCCGACUGGGUAUCGAAUUUGGCGGCGCCGAAUAA